CAUCAUUAAUGGAUGAGAAUGUUUUAUCUUCUGCGAAAGCAUCAAAAUCAAAAACUAAUAACACCCUUUUCAAAGCAAAUAGAUAAGUUUUCAGUGAAAUUUAACAUCAACACUCUCCUAGGAAGAAAUUCUAGUUGCAAAGUAGAGAUUCUGGAAGUUUUCCAGGAACCAUCCGAUCAAGAUAUUAUAUUAUGUCUGGAAUAGAGGCACGUAAAUGAUGAUACGGACGAUACUCCUGGAACUCCAAUCAAUCACCAUGAUCUUUUAUCUCCUUCAACUGAUCCAACAUCUUUAAUGUAUGAGAAUGUUUUAUCUUCUGGGAAAGCAUCAAAAUCAAAACUAAUAACACCCUUUUCAGAGCCAACAGAUAGGUUUUCAGUGAAAUUUAGCAUCAAACACUCUCCCUAGUGUAGAGAAUGGGAAACAAGAACCUGAUCAUGAGUAUAUUGAGAAUGGUGAAGAUGAUGUUGUCAGAAGAGUUCCACAACGUGAAAGGUGUUCAUUGGUAUCAGGAGUCAAACCGGCUUGUAAAUUCAUGUAUGAUAAAACGGAGGAUAGGUCACUUGUUGAAUUUUUUGGCAAUCUAUCACGAGAAUGGGCACUAGAGUGCAUGAAAUACUUAUUGCUGGUAUAUCUCAGAGGCAACCUACAUAUUAUUGUGCCGGUUGUCAAAGAAUGUUGUGAACAGUUGGGCAUGGAUGCUUGCUUAAGGAUUUUUGAGCAAUUCAGAAAAUGGAUGCCUUCUGUAAAAGGGACAAGCUUGAAUGCAGUGAGGAACUAGUUGAUCUUGUAAAG